ACAGCAGCGGGGCUGGUGAUAGCGCUAGCGGCAGCAUGUCUGGUCGGGGUAAGGGCGGCAAGGGGCUCGGCAAGGGCGGCGCCAAGCGCCACCGCAAGGUGCUGCGCGACAACAUCCAGGGCAUCACCAAGCCGGCCAUCCGCCGCCUGGCUCGGCGCGGCGGCGUCAAGCGCAUCUCGGGGCUCAUCUACGAGGAGACGCGCGGCGUGCUCAAGGUGUUCCUGGAGAACGUGAUCCGCGACGCCGUCACCUACACGGAGCACGCCAAGAGGAAGACGGUCACGGCCAUGGACGUGGUCUACGCCCUCAAGCGCCAGGGUCGCACGCUCUACGGCUUCGGUGGUUAAAGCUCUUUCCUCUUACCGUACCACUGCGACAAAAACCCAAAGGCUCUUCUAAGAGCCACCCACAUUUUCAUUUAAAAGAGCUGUGUUGCUGUGUUUUUA